UCGUAAUAUGGACGACAGCUACCACGACUACCAAAACUAUAGAUAUUUCGUUGUCGUAGAAAUCAUUAUUUUCAACAUUAUUGGAAAUUUCGGCAAUACACAUCUGAUAUGGACCAGCAUUCGCAAGAAAUCUACUCAUACGAAGCCAGGAAUGCUUAUUGGCAUCAAUGCCGUUUUCCAUAGUAUUUGUCUACUAUCAGAGCUGUUUAAUGCAGCUUUCAUCAUUUCUGGUGAAGUGAUCGUCAGAAAAACAUGCUAUCCAUACAUAGCCCUGUAUAUGCUGGUUGUUUGUCAACAAGCCAUGAUGAUUUUGAUGAUCUCACUAGAUUUAUUGAUUUCCUUAAUCUUCCCCUUAUGGCACAGAAAAUUCCCUACCGGACCUUAUGUUGUCGGAGUAUGCGCCCUGGCAUCUAUAUACUCAUUUAGCGUAGCAAUAUGGGGAUGGGAAGCACAAAAUGAUGAAAUUAUCGCUUACUGUAAUCCACCAUUGGGUCUUGCACCACGCGUCAGCCGAUUCUGGUCACUCUCUAAUCUCGUCAUCAAUUGUAUAGUUGUUAUAGUUUAUAUGGCAAUUAUAUUCACUCUUACGAUCAGAAUGAAAAAGAACAAAAUGCUGCACCAACGACGACGGGUCGUACGCCGAUUAAAAGUCGUCCUGCUCAUUUUUGUGCUUUCCUGGUUCAUAGCGAUCUUAGGAGUGGACAUAGGAUACCUGGUACUUCCGCCAAGCAUCGCACCAUACUGGCAAAGCAAUAUGGUGCUCUUUGCAAUGAUCUGCUAUUCACAAACAUUCUACGCUUGCAUCUGGAGAUCUCACGAAUAUCGCGCAGCUUUCCGAGAACAGAUGGCUUUGUUGACCUGCCAUCUACCUCAGCCUUAUGAGAGCACAUCGCUGCUAAACUCACUGCAAGGACGAUUAUUCAAGCGAAACUCGCCUUGCGAAGUCUAG